AUGCCACUUAAUGUGGAGGAUCUUGUGAAGGCAGAGCUCGUCCUGCACGGAGGGGAGCGGUUCCCUGGUUAUUCCUUCGGCUACGAAAAGAGCAUCGCCGGUGAGGUGGUCUUCUCGACGGGUAUGGUGGGCUACCCAGAGAGCCUGACGGAUCCUUCUUAUCACGGCCAAAUCCUCGUCUUGACGACGCCGAUGGUCGGAAACUACGGCGUUCCGCCGGUCGAGGAAGAUUGCUUUGGGUUGACGAAGUACUUCGAGAGUUUUCACGGCCAGAUUCACGUCAGCGGGGUGCUGGUGCAGCAGUACUGCGAGAAUCCCGACCACUGGGAGUCGUGCGAGAACCUCUCGCAGUGUUUGCGGCGGAAUAAAAUCCCGGGGAUGAUGAUGGUGGAUACGCGACACAUCGUCCUCCGCCUGCGGGAGAUGGGAACGGCGCUUGGGAAGCUGCUGAUCAAAGGCGAGGAUGUCCCUUUUAUGGAUCCCAACACGCGGAAUCUCGUCGCAGAGGUGAGCACGAAGACGCGCGCGACCUACGGCCACGGCACGCUUAUUAUUCUCGUGAUUGACAUGGGCGUGAAGCUGAACUCGCUUCGUUGUUUGUUAAAGUACGACGUGACGUUGGUGGUGGUGCCGCAUGAUUGGGAUAUCACCACGGAGGUCUACGACGGGCUUUUUAUCAGCAACGGCCCUGGCAAUCCGCAGCUCUGCACCGCCACGAUUCGCAGCGUGCGGUGGGCGUUGCAGCAGUCGAAGCCGAUCUUUGGGAUUUGCAUGGGGAAUCAAAUGCUCGCGCUCGCCGCGGGGGGCAACACGUAUAAGAUGAAGUACGGCCACCGCGGCCAAAACCAGCCCUGCAAGUGCAACGUCGAUGGCAAGGUGGUGAUCACGACGCAGAACCACGGCUUCGCCGUCGACUUCAAGUCGAUGCCGCAGGAGGAGUGGACGGAGUACUUCACGAACUCGAACGACUUCAGCAACGAGGGGCUCGCCCACCGCACGAAGCCGUUCUUCAGCACCCAAUUCCACCCCGAAGGGCGGUGUGGUCCGCAGGAUACGGAGUACCUCUUCCGCGAGUUCGUCGAGCGGGUGAAGGCGUCGAAGGUGCAGGAGAUGAUGAAGUUUAAACCGCGCAAGGUGCUCGUGUUGGGGGCGGGUGGGAUCGUUAUCGCGCAGGCCGGGGAGUUCGAUUACAGCGGCUCCCAAUGCCUGAAGUCGCUCCGCGAGGAAGGCAUCGAGACGGUGCUGAUCAACCCCAAUAUCGCCACGGUGCAGACGGAUAACGAGAUGGCGGAUCACAUCUACUUCGCCCCGAUCACGGUGGAGUCGGUGGAGAAGGUGAUUGAAAAGGAGCGGCCGGAUAGCAUCAUGCUUGGGUGGGGUGGGCAGACCGCCCUGAACUGCGGCGUCCAACUCGAGAAGCAAGGGAUUUUGCGGAAAUACAACGUCCAGGUGCUCGGGACGCCGAUCUCGGUGAUCGCGAUCACGGAGGAUCGCGAGCUUUUUCGCGAUUCCCUCCUCCAGAUCGGCGAGCGCGUGGCGAAGUCGAUGGCGGUGACCUCCAUCGACGAGGUGAAGCGCGCGAAGGAGGUGAUUGGGUUCCCGAUGAUGGUCCGCGCCGCCUAUUGCCUUGGCGGGCAGGGCAGCGGGAUUGUCCACAACGACGCGGAGCUGCACGAGAAGGUCCGCACCGCGUUGGCGGUUUCGCCGCAGGUGUUGCUCGAGAAAAGCGUCGCCGGGUGGAAGGAGAUCGAGUACGAGGUGGUGCGGGAUAUCUACGAUAACUGCGUGACCGUCUGCAACAUGGAGAACUUCGACCCGAUGGGGAUUCACACCGGCGAGUCCAUCGUCGUGGCCCCUUCCCAGACCCUUUCCAACGACGAGUUCCACAUGCUUCGCAGCGCCUCGAUCAAGAUCAUCCGCCACCUCGGGAUUGUCGGGGAGUGCAACAUCCAGUACGCGUUGGAUCCGAACUCCUGCGAGUACGUCGUGAUCGAGGUCAACGCGCGGCUUUCCCGCUCCUCCUCGUUGGCGUCGAAGGCGACGGGUUACCCCCUCGCCCACGUCGCCGCGAAGAUCGCGCUCGGAAAGGCCCUCUUUGAGAUCAAAAACGGCGUUACGAAGUCCACCGUCGCCUGCUUCGAGCCGAGCCUGGAUUACAUCGCCCUCAAGGUCCCCCGCUGGGAUCUCACGAAGUUCAACAUGGUCAGCGAGCAUAUCGGAUCGAUGAUGAAGAGCGUCGGCGAGGUCAUGGCGAUUGGGCGGACCUUCGAGGAGGCGAUUCAAAAAGCCCUUCGGAUGGUCGACACGGCGAACUCCGGGUUCGAGGUGCCGAAACGCUUCGACACCGUCGAUUGGGAUUACAUGCAGCACAUCCGAAAACCCACCCCGUAUCGCAUUUUCGCGCUCUGCCGCGCGUUGGAGGCCGGGCACUGCGUGGAGGAGCUCCACGCCCUCACCAAAAUCACCAAAUUCUUCCUCUACAAGCUGGAAAACCUCGUUCGACUGCGGGCGGCCACCGCGCAGGUGUAUCGCGAUCGCCUCUCCGCGAUCCCGCGCGAGGUGUUGCUGAAUUUGAAGGCGCACGGCUUCAGCGAUCGGCAGCUCGCGCGUUGCCUGGGUUGUGGGGCCGACGACGUCCGCGCGCGGCGCCUCGAGCUCGGGGUGAUGCCGUUUGUGAAGCAAAUCGACACCGUCGCCGGGGAGUACCCCGCCGCGCAGUGCUGUUAUCUCUACACCACGUACAACGCCCAGGCGGAUGAUGUCCUGUUCACCGAACGGAUGUACGCCGUGCUCGGUUGUGGGGUCUAUCGGAUCGGGAAUAGCGUGGAGUUCGACUACGCCGGCGUCCUCGUCGCGCGGGAGCUUCGUCGGCUCGGGAAUCGCGUGAUCAUGCUGAAUUACAACCCCGAAACGGUCUCCACCGACUACGACGAGUGCGAUCGACUCUACUUCGACGAGGUCAGCGAGGAGGUGGUGCUGGAUAUCUUCCGCAAGGAGCGCAUCAAAGGCGUCGUGAUCUCCCUCGGCGGGCAGAUCGUGCAGAACAUGGCGCUUUGCCUGAAACGCCAUGGGCUGCCGAUCCUCGGGACCGAUCCCGCGAACAUCGACCGCGCCGAGGAUCGCAACAAAUUCUCGAUGAUGUGCGAUGAGCUCGGGGUGCCGCAGCCGGAGUGGACCUCCGCGGUGUCCGUCGCGCAGGUGUUGGAGUUCUGCAACCGCGUGGGGUACCCCACGUUGGUGCGGCCGAGCUACGUCCUGAGCGGCUCCGCGAUCGCGGUGAUCGCGAACAAGGAGGACGCCGAGGUCUACCUCCGCGAGGCCUCCCUCGUCUCCGGGGAUCACCCGGUGGUGGUGAGUAAGUAUUACGAAGGGGCGAUGGAGUACGACGUCGACAUCGUCGCCCACCACGGACGGGUCUUGUGUUACGCGAUUUGCGAGCACGUGGAGCAGGCCGGGGUGCACUCCGGCGACGCCACGAUGUUUCUCCCUCCGCAACACACCGAUAAGGCCACGAUGAAGCGGAUUUACGACUCCGCGACGCGGAUCGCGGAGCGGCUGGACGUCGUCGGCCCCCUCAACGUCCAAUUCCUCCUCACCAAGGAAGGGCAGCUGCGGGUGAUCGAGGCGAACGUGCGGAGCUCGCGCUCGGUGCCGUUCGUCUCGAAGGCGCUCGGGAUCUCGUUUCCGGAGAUGAUGGUCUCGGCCUUCCUCGCGCGGAAGGAGCAGGACUUGGUGCCGAUCAAACGCGCGAAGAUGACGCACAUCGGGUGCAAGAGCUCCGUGUUCAGCUUCAACCGCCUCGCCGGGGCGGAUCCGAUCCUCGGGGUGGAGAUGACCUCCACCGGGGAGAUCGGCGUCUUUGGCCGCGACCCCCGCGAGGUCUUCCUCAAGGCGAUGCUCAGCCAGAACAUCGCGAUGCCGACCAAAGGCGUCUUCUUCAGCUGUGAUGAUGAAGGGUGGAUGGAGGCGAUGGGGGCCGCCCUCGCGCGGCUCACGCCGCGGCUGAAAAUCUUCUCCUCGGUGAAGAACAGCCCGGCGCUGCGGCGGCUCGGGAUCCCGCACGAGGUCCUCACGCAACGCCAGGCCGGCGAGGAGGACGGCGCGGACGGCGCCAUCGCCUGCUACGACGACGCGGUCGCCCAGAAGGAGCUCUUCGACUUUGUGAUUCAGAUUCGGGAUAAACGGCGGGAUUUCAUGCUCCGCCGCUGCACACCCGCGACGGCGCCGCCCGAUUACUGGCUCCGCCGCCUCGCCGUCGACUUUAACAUCCCGUUGCUGACGGAGCCGAACCUCGUGAAGCUGUUUGCCGAGGCGUUCGAGCUCUACCCGGGCGGGGUCGAGAUCUGCCCGUUCCACGAGUACGUCCCCAAGAUCUACCACCGCAUCGAGAACAACAACUGCGCGAUGCUGAGCGAGCACAAAGUCGGGCUGAUGAUCUCCGACAGCAACCUCAGCCGCGUCCUCGCGGUGCGGCUCGGGCAGGAGAAGAUCAAAGUCACCUGCUUCCACGCCUACCUCGGCGGCAACGUCGAGGAUAGCUUCGAGGAAUCCUUCACGAGCCUGCAGGUGCCCGUGGAGAUCGUCGACCUUCGCUCCGAGCUCGCCGAUGCGGCCUUCGAGUUGAUCACCUGUCAGUCGAUCAACGAGCAGCGGAAUUGGCAUCUGAGCAAGAUCGCCUGGCAUAUUAUCGGAAAGCGGCUGCUCACGAUGAUGCGGGAGCGCCGCAUCACCGUCGUCGCGCAGGGCUCCAGCCACACCCAAAAAGCCGUUCGCUUUGAAAGCUACAUCAAACUGUACGCACCGAUGAUGGGGAUCUACAACGCCUGGCGGGAUACUCGGCUGAUGGAGGAUUACCGCACCGAGGCGCAGCAGAUCGCCUUCCUCCAGCAGCACGGCGUGAAGCCGAGCGAGCGGCUUGACGGCCUCGUCCACAGCUCCAUUUGCGGGAAUACGUAUUACUUCAACGGCGAGGCCGCGCGGCCGGAGCGGCGAUUCGCGCGGGAGGCCGCCGCCCACAAUGAGACCCCGGAAUUCGUCUCGCUUACCUACCGCGCCGCGCGUUGCGUGAGGAUUAAUGGGGUGGAGGUCACCCCGUUGCUCGCCUUGCAGAUCGCGAACGAGGUGGCGGCGCGGAAUGGGAUCGGCAUCGUCGUGACGGAGAACGCGAUGUACGAGGCCCCGGGGAUGAACCUCCUCGCCCAGGGCCUGCAGUUCCUCUACGACGUCUGCUUUGAUCGCCACAUGGAGGAGAUGUUCGGGAUUUACUCCCGCCACGUCGCGCAGGGACUCGAACUCGGGCAGUUCUCUGAUCGCCAUACGCAGUCCGCCGUGGAGGCGAUUCGCUUCCUCACCGCGAACGUCUCCGGGGUCGUCGAGCUGGAGCUGAAUCAGGGCGAGAUCAUCUUCCUGAAGCUUUCCCAGGUCUCCUGCCCGGCGACCUCACGCCGGAUCGUGCAGCUGCUCUCAAACGACGACACGGAUGAGAUCUUCCAACCCGGCAACGGCUCGUUUAGCGAUAUUCAGUGGUAG